GUAGCUAGCUUGAGCUCUUGCUAAGCUGUGGAGAAAGCUCUUUCUUCACAUUCCGGAUCAUGCAGCGAACACCAACUUGCUGGAAUUGUUGUAAGAGCUAUGGCUUUAAAGAUGUCUCCAAGCCUAUUGGUAACCGCAUCCCUCUUCUAUUGGAAUGUGGCCACACAUACUGCGAGGGGUGCAUCACCAAAUGGGCCAGAUUACAGAAAACACAGGUCUUGUGUCCAGAAUGUCAGAACUCUACCCCCCUGACCACUGAAGGAGAGAAGGGGGUGAAGGAUAUCCCAGCCAAUAUUUACUUGUUAGGAGUAGUGACUAAUACCAAGAGAGCUUCAUAUCGCAGUGAUGUUCAAAAGUCUGGCCGUUCAAAACUUGGGACCAAAGCAGGUCUGCAGAGAGCAAUUAGUCAAUUUACACAGGAGAAGAAAACUGAGCAAAUGAAAACUGACACUGGUGUGAAAUGUGAAGAGUGCUCCAGAGGAACAGCAACGUGCAGUUGUAAUAAAUGUGAAACUGUUUACUGUAGUGCUUGCUUUGAGAGGGUACACUCAUAUUCAAAUGCAUUGCGGAAGCAUGUCCCCACACCUGUUAUGCAGAAAAACAGUGAGACAGCAGUUGGUUGUCCAGUUCAUAACAACAGACCUCUAGAGUUUUAUGACAAGGAUGUUGGUGAGGCUGUGUGUUCACACUGUGUGGUUGUAGGAGAGAGACAAACACAUGCCAUUGUUCCCAUUGAUGAAGUUGCUGCAGAUGUUCAAGCUCAGUUCAAAGCUUCAGUUGAUGGAGUCACUCGUAUAAUCAAACAUCUGGAUAAGUCAGUGCAGAGAAUUUGUAGAGCACUUCCUGAGGUUAAGGCUGAGAAGAAUCACAUUGCGAAUGACAUAAGAGAACACUUUUACAAGUUAUAUGCAGUAUUGCAGAUGAGAGAACAAUCACUGAUCAAAGAUGUUGAAUUAAAUCAUAAUGGAGAAAAGAUCCUGGAGAAACUGGUAAGAAGGCAUUAUUAGUAGUGUCACUGUUUAGUUGAUGGGCUUUCUCAACCAACAGUGAGCUUCUGUC